GGGUGCCUGCCCUACUCCAGUCACAGGGAGGAGAGUGCCCCUACUCCAGUCACAGGGAGGAGAGUGCCCCUACUCCAGUCACAGGGAGGAGAGUGCCCCUACUCCAGUCACAGGGAGGAGAGUGCCCCUACUCCAGUCACAGGGAGGAGAGUGCCCCUACUCCAGUCACAGGGAGGAGAGUGCCCCUACUCCAGUCACAGGGAGGAGAGUGCCCCUACUCCAGUCACAGGGAGGAGAGUGCCCCUACUCCAGUCACAGGGAGGUUACCACCCCGUCACCACCUACGAAACACACACAGUAGUUCAUGACACUUAUAGUGAAUAGUUCAUUUAUGUCAGCAGUGUGUGGUAGAAUCUGCUGACGGGUCUGCCGACCAUGGCUGCCAUGGAGAGACAUCAGGGAGACGAGACAGCAAGGCAAGAGCCAGUGAAACGGUGCCAGCUGGAACAGCAGCAGCAGCAACACAGCCAACUAGACACGUCACAUUGCAGGGCACAGCAGCAGCAACAUAGAGGGGGGAUGCACAAGGGUGCCCCUGUCUCGCACUGCCCUGCUGCCACCACCACAUUGUUUCGAAGACAAGUGCCACAGAUGUUGGUGCCGUCUUUGGCCAUCUACUGCCUGAUGCUUGUGGGGUCGUUCAUCACCCCUUGUGUGGCUAUCUGUCCUGGCAACUGUACCUGUGAUGAUGAGGCCCUUGUUGUCCGCUGUGAGCCAUCAAAAAUUGAUGUUCUGCCACUGACCUUCAACCCAGCACUGCAGCAGCUUACCAUGUAUGGCACAGAAAUUCACACACUGGACAUAAAUUCACUGCACUGGUACCUGGAUCUCCGUCAUGUUAAUCUUAGCAAAAAUGUGAUAAUGCAAGUGAUGCCUAAAACUUUUGAGAAUCAAAGGCAGCUUGAGGAACUCUACUUGGCACAGAAUAACAUUAGUGCGUUGGCAGCCGACAUGUUUUUAGGACUCUCCAAACUCAUUGUUCUUUCUUUACGUGGUAAUGCAAUAGAGUCAUUGGAGGGAGGAGUCUUCAUCCAUCUGACUCAGCUGAGAGACCUGGACCUCUCUGCAAAUCGAAUAGACAGAUUAGAUGACCAUGCACUUUCAGGACUAUCGAACUUGAGAGUCUUACACCUCCGUGACAACAGAUUAGCUGCAAUACCAGCAGCCAACCUUGCUCUUGUAUCAGACUUAGCAGAGCUCAGUGUGGGUGGUAAUGACUUCACAGAAGUCAAGGAAGGCGAUCUUCAAUCCAUGAGAACAUUAAAGGACCUUGACCUCUCUGGGGCAUUGUUGGAUGAAGGUCUUACAAUUUUUUCAUUUCAGGGUCUUUUGGGCCUACGCAAGUUGAAGUUAGAAGGCUGUGGACUAACAUCCAUUCCAACCUUACCACUCAAUUCCCUCAGCAAAUUAGAAGAACUGCAUAUUGGUCGCAACCUUUUCAUUAAUUUACCAUCUGAUGCCUUUAGAAGCAAUCGCAAUUUGCACUCGCUCUAUGUAUCAGGAUGUCCCAAUUUAGAGUAUAUGGAUAAAGGUGUUUUGCAAUAUAAUCUAAAUGUUAAACAGGUAGUGAUUACACAGAAUCCAAAGUUAACCUACAUAGCUCCAGAUGCCCUUCGAUUUCUACCAGAACUAAGCCUCUUGGACCUUCGUGACAACAAUCUUGAACAAAUCAGUGAACAUGCAGCAUCUUGGGCAGAUAUUGAUGUUUGGCGCCUCGAGGGAAACCCUAUAACUUGCAACUGCUCUGCUGCAUGGCUUCGUGAACUAACCUUGGCUCCAAAUUCAAGUGCAAGUCUGAAAUGUGCAUCUCCACCCCGCUUGGCAGACAUACCACUGCAUUCCUUACAAAUGAGUGACCUGGCAUGCGGCAUGGAUCCAGCGACGCAAGGACUCAUUAUUGGGGUUAUGGUUUGUAUUAUUGUAAUUGUGGUAGCUGCAGUAGUGGUAGUGAUGCUGUAUCGUCAUCAUGGCUCCUGUGUGCAUCGCCUCCUCAAAGGGCACCACAUAGGAGGACGUGGCAGUGGGUGUGAUCACCAUCCUUACACUCAUAACUAUCAUCCAGCUUAUACCAUGACACCUACUAAGCCCGUGCCUGUUACUGAACUUUAGCAGUCGGCCCGAUACUGAGGCAAAGACUCGGAUCUCUCUGGUGUGAGCCUCUUCAGUGAAUACAGUGUGGUAUUGUGAAAAUAGUGCUGAAAUGUGGUAAUGAUCUGGUAAUGCUUUGAACAAUAGUGCGAGACCAGACAGUAAAAUGUUCUUCAGCCAUAGUUCAGAAAAUAUGGCUCUAAUCUGAUGUAAACAUUAAUGCAUUUAGUAUGCAAUAUAAUGUUUUUUAAAUGGAAGUUGUGUUGUUUGUUCUUCUUUGCAGUGCCUGUCUUCCAUACCUUUGGAGACUCAUGCCUUUGAUUCCUUAAGACUCUUCAUGUUGCCUAUGUAUAGUCAUUCAGGUAUUUAACCAGACCAGAUGGCAUGCUGUCAAAGAUAAAAUAAAAAAAAACACAUAGGUUAAAAUAAAUUCCAUAGAGAUAUAGUUUCUUCUAAAUCCUCUUGUGAUACUAUUUGCUUUGGAAGGAGAAAAAGUGGAACACAGUAACUUCCUUAAAGUUAAUCUAGUCUUUUUUAAUUUCUCUUUCAAUGAUAGGUGUAUAUUGCCUUAUCAAAGACUUUGGACAUUUUAUUGUAUUCCUUAAGUCCCUGUGAUAGACCUAUCAUACAUGCUCUUUCUAAGAAUAUUUGAAGUAUUGUAGGAUUUUUAAUAUAUGUGAAUAUGCAGUACAUAUUACAGACUGUGAUCAUCAUCUUCACUUGUAGCGAGGAUAGUUUUCACAGAAUACACCAUAUAUGACCAGAUUAGCAAUAAUGGAUUUCAGAACUCUUUGUAUCAGACUACUGCUUCCCCAAAAAUGCACUAUCUUAGUCAUAUUUUAAAGAUAAUGAUUGCUGAGAAUGUCAUAUAUGUAGCAGGUUGUGUCAGGCUUACCAAACUAGGAAGAACCACUAGCAGGAGCUACGAGUACAACUGGGGCCGAGGCUCCUUCCUUUAAAAUUAUUAAAUAACUGAAUUAAAUUCAGUAUGAUUUCUCUUUUCUUCACAUAGCAUUGAGAAAAGAGGAGACAUAGUGAAACAAUACCAAAGGCUUAACAUAAUCAAGAUGUCAAUUAUGUUUGUCCAUUUUAUGAAAAAUCACAUUGCCAUAGCAUUCAGAUAAUUCUAUUUUCAUGGAUUUGCAUAAUUAGCAGUUUGUAAAUAUUUUAUAUAAAGAAAACUUGUUUCCAGUAUAGCUUACAGUUUUAAAUUUCUCAAGUGUUUAAUAUGAUGUCAAUUUGGGUAGAAAUUAUAACUUUGCAUGACAUAAAAUAAUGAAAUAUCCAUAGCACUUAUGUUUACAGCAGUUGAUUUGGAGUCAUGAACAUAGUUUUACUGGGUUGUUGCUGUUGGCAUUCAACUAGGUAUCUGGUCAUGUUUAAGAAGGUUGGGCAAUAUUGUGGUAAACCAGGGAGGGCUCUUGUUGCAGCUGUACCAAGAUACAGAUAAAAUUUUAUUUAGCCUUAAUGUAAAGGUUUUCCAAAUGUUAAGAAAAUAUGUCCUCAUAUCCAAACCUCUUCAUAGUAUUUACAGAUUGGUUUCAUGGGAGCACAAGUCACUGACAGUUGCAUAAAUAGCAUGUAAAUAUAUAUAUGUAUGUAAUAUGUAUAUAUAUAUUUUGGAGUGGGGGGAGGGGAGUGCAAAUUUGAAGAUUAUUUUUUGUGUAAUAGGAAGCUCAUCAAAGCUAAAACUCUAGCUCUCUCAUUUGAUUUAACGAGCUGACUUUGAUCAGCAAAUUUGCCUGUUGUAAAUUACUUGCAAAUUUGGCGAUUCAUUAUCUUUGGCAAUGGACAAGCACACUCACACCUUCAAUGUUUCUGCCCCACUUAGCAGUAGGGAAUCGCACAUUUGAACAUUGUUCGUAAAACGAACUUCAUAGCUAUAAAAGUCGGUAUUCUACUCAAUUUUAUAGCUAUGCAAGUUUUGGUAAUUAAAUUUUUUAACAUGCUUCAUCUUCAUAACUUUCAGAUGUCUAGUAAUUUUUUUUGAGGUUAUCUAAUAGAGCACCCUGGAUUGCUAAAUAUCCCUUCCAGCCUUCCAGAAUUAUCUCACCAUGUAAAAAUCUAAAGAUACUGAAGAAAAUGCUAUGAAGUAAUUAUGUCAGGCCAGACCAAAGAUGUGCUUUUGUGUUCUAUGCAACUCUGGUAGCUGUAGUGAAAUCAGUCAACCAUCACUUGACGAGUUAUGCAAAUAGAUAAGGCGCUGUGUAAUUCUUCUGGGCUAGCCUGCAAACUUGUCUAGAAAUGGUUUUUUUUUUAUUAUUUUGUGUUUUAAAGCAGAUUAUUUAUCAUUGGAUUUUUUAUAGAUCUUUGUACAUUCCCACUGUAGGUGUUAAAUAAUUUUAUAAAAGCUAUAAAUAUUGAUUUUUUUUUUUGAGGGGGUUUGAAAAAUAUUGCUUCAGUGCUUGCAGUAUGUAUGAAGUGAGCCUAACCUUUGUAACUCUUAGAGGUCAAUGAUUUAUACUUCUUUAUUAAGGUAAGUCUAAUCAUUUUAGAACUUUAUUAUACUGCACUUUUCUCUUCCCAAAGGAACUUUUUAGUAAAGUAAGAAGCAGUAAUGAGUAAUAUAUUAAAGGACAUUAUUGCUAGUUUGUAUCCAUUGAGUACUGCAUAUGAACUAGCAAUGCAGUCAUUGAAAUAGAAUUUUAUCACUUAAUAAACUUGAAUAAACUAAAAAACUAUAGAAUAUUUCCUUUAAAUGGACCUAAGCUAAUUACUAUUACAUCAGAAGAUUCUUUGUAAAGAGAAGUAUUAUACAUAUAUAGUAGAUACCUAAUAUAAGAAGAAUAAGAAAUGUUUUUCAUACCCUUUAUAUAUUUGUGCAACUUGUCCAAUUUUGCGAGUUCAUAGGGUAAGGCUCCCCAGUUUUUAACACUAUUACUUGUAUAUAGCGUAUAUAUUAUAAAUAUAUAUAUAUAAAUAAAUAUAUAUAAAUAUAUAUAGUUUCCACUCAUUCUGUGGAUUUUCAAGAUUUUUUCUCUUUCAAAUACAAAGUUUCUGCUAAAUAUUCUCUUGUAGUUCAAGACUAGGUAAUGAUGCAUAUAAUCAUUUUACCCAGAGCACCAGUUGUGUAAUCAACAUAUCAAAAUGUAACAUGGUUAAUGAUUAGCAGUAAACCAUUUCUUGAAAACAUAUUUCAUAAAGUCUUGACAGAUUUUUAAGAUUUACUACAACUACUGUCAAUUCUUGUACAAUUCAUUCAUUUAGCACUUUAAUCAUAAAAGGUGUAGACAGUAUUGUUGGAGGGGCAUUUGUAAUAUACCAGUAUAUUAUUGCUAACAAUCACUUUCAUGUUGAAUAUAUGAAGUACAUUAUUUGUUCAGAAGAUAAGUGUAAACUGCUUUACCUCUGACGACCAGCAUGUGGAAUACUUCUAAAAGUUAAAGUAUUUGGAGUUUGGGUCAAUGCUAACAUGUUCAACUACAUCACUAAAAGAAGGGAGAAAUUUCCAAGGGAUCUGAACCCCUUGAAGUACAGCCACGUAGAUACUCCUUGAAAUGUGUUAGCGCUUUACUAACAUGUGUCAGGGUAGGUCCUAAGGAAGGCAUCAGUUAUUGAAUAGUAAUUCCAAGAGCAUUAGAGCUCAGAGAUAAAUUUUGGUAAAUUAGAUGCUUUUCUUGUAACAGUGAACUUUUGUUUGCUGAGAAACACAAGGGUCACAUAUUCUUAAUGCUGUGUGUAAAAUCCUGAUACAGUUGAUACACGAGAAAAAAAAAUGGUAUACAGAUAAAAUUGUAUCAGUUUUCAAGUGCUAAAUUGGUAUAUUUAUAUGUUCAAAAGAUACCCAGCCAGGCAAAAAUUUUAAACAUUUACAAAAUACAGUAUAAUAAUGUAUCGUUCUUAUAAGUACUCUAUUCAGUCUGCAAAUGCCCCUCUAAUAUUUCUUUCAAAAAUUUUGGCCAGGAUUUGUGUUGCACAAUCACAACACUAAUAGCUAACCCAAAAGCAAUUUAAAUAAUACUGGGAAAUUUAUAAUCUUUCAUCAACAUUACAAAUUAUUACUUAGUAAAAUGAUGUAACACUUAAUUUUUUUGUGCUUAAUAUAUUUUUUAGGUGUUCAAAAUAUUGGAGCAUUAAAAAAAGUGUAUUAUGAUUAAUAGUUGAACUUCAAAACAUAUUAAAAGUAGUUUGGUCAAAUUAGGUCACACUUCAACAAUUGAUGAUUGUGUUGAUAAGAGCAUUUCCCAGUACUGCAUUAGUGAAGGCAGCCUCUACUACUACCUUCUGAACACUAUAUGGACUGACACAAGAUCAACAUGUCAUAGUUGCUUAGUCAGAUUUACCAGUACAGUAAUAAGGUUAUAAUACCAAUCAUGCAACCUGUUCUCCAAAUAUUUUUUUUAUUAUUUUUGUGGCACACACUACAGUUUUCUACAUAAUUUAAACCAGUGGUUCCCAAACUUUUUGAGGCUGCUGCUCCCCUUGGCUCCCAGGCUACAUCCCUAGUCUCCCCUCCCCUACACACACCCACCUCUUUCUUGGUAUUAGGUUUACUGCAAAUUCAAAACAUUAACACUAUAAACAAGCAUAUUUAUUUCACAAUAUAAUUAACCAAUUUAACAAUAUGAAAAGGUAAAUUUACCUCUCAUCUGUAACUACAUUGUCUUCAAAAUCUUAAUGAGAUUGGUUUACUUAGUCAGGGACAUCAGCUCUCGACAUCAGGCUUACAGGCACUUAAGUUUAAGUGUCUUCAAUAAUUUUCAGUGUUUCUCUGCUUGGAAAGAAGCUUGGCAACUGAAUUGAAGCCUCGCUCUAAUAAGUAUGAUGUUGGGAAGGCAAUAAAGUACUAUGCUUUCAUGUAUAACUUAACUUUAUUCUUUGUAAAGCAUUUGUGUUACUUUAAGUGUUCGUGACUUGGAUUUUGUCAGAUUUUGUAAAACAAAUGCUCCCAUAGUUCUGAUGCCCACCCUACCACUCCCUUUUUCCUCAAUGUCCCCCUGUAUCUUUCCUCCACCCCCAGGGUGGGGGGCAGCACCACCCACUUUGGGAAUCACCGAUUUAAACAGUAAAAUAAAUUUGCACGUUAUUUUUCUGAGUUAAGGUUAACCUAACCUAAAUUAACCUACAUACACAUGUAGUGAAGCACCAAUAUUGAAAUAUAAAAAUGUGGUUCAUAUCUGGCAGUGUGGGACACAAUCACUACAGUGUGGGACACAAUCACUACUUUAAAAUGUUGGUAAUCUCAUACUUGGUUUCUGUUGGAGGACGGGUAAAUCAUGGUGCCAUAUUUCUGUCAUAUACUAUUAGGCAUGUGCCACAAGUGGGUUUUAUUCUUUCAUUGAUGAUCUGAGGCCACUCUGGUGUCUCAAAACUAUUAUCACAAUCAUUUAGCACAAUAGUAAUUACCCAUUGCAAUAAUAAAACAUUUGACAACUUCUACAGUCAGUUGUGAGAUGUACACUAUUAAACAUACCAUUUUUAUCUUUGACCCAAAAAAUAGUUAGCACAACAAUGAAGCAACAAGCCUUUGCUUAUCUCAACAUUUAACAGUAACCAAGAUUGUAUUGCUACUUUUGUAAUAAUAUCACUGGCUUAAGCAUAGUGUUUAUUAUGUACAAACUGUCAAUUCCAAGAAAUCUUAUUAUAGCAGUCCAAAAUAUAAGAAUUGUUAAUAGAUGUACCUGUACAUCAAAUUUUAAAGCAGUUUAAUGACACAGGGUUUAAUAUAGGACUAUGUACUGGUGACAAAUAGAAAUAGGCAAAGUGUAAAAAGGGAUAAUAUUGAGGUUAUAAAUUUAAUACACGUUAAAACUGAAGACAAAAUUUGAUCUGAUGCAUGAUCUUGUAGCAUCUUAAAUAUACGCACCAUGAUGAAAAGUGGAAUUUUUAAGCAUUUUUAAAUUCAUGCAAUAAGUAGGAGACAGCAUCUUGAUUUUCUUAUUAAUGCAUGCAUACAUUUAAUGUAGCUUUUUAAAUGAUAUAAUUUAAAUUUAUAUGACUGUUUUGGAGACAUUUUAUAGUGUUAAUUAUGAACUAGUCUGCCUUAUGACUAUACCUGAUGAUGGUAAUGUACUGUACAUGUACAACCAAAAACCAUUCUGUAGCUACACUUAAUCAGUUACUAUAAGUCUCUGUGUAUGUUAAACUAUACAUCAACCCAAUAAUCAUUGUAAAUUCAUACAAAAUCAUAGGAUCUAUUAAAACUUGAAAUGACCACUAUGACAUUCACAAAAUAGUGCUCAUAAAUUACAAGGGCAUUCAAUCCUACUUGAGUUGUAGUUUUGUCUGGCAACAUACAACAGGUGUCAUGUGGCUUCCUGAAUAACAAAAUUAUUUAUUAAAGAUUUGAGAUGCUCAAGUUUCAAAAUCAAAACACCCCCAUCCUAACAAUCCCAUUUGAUAACUAUUUGAGCAUAAAUUCUAUAAAUUUGUACAUAUACAUUAAUGUAUUUCAUGGGCUCAAUUUAAUCCCACAGCUGUGAAUUGUUGCAUCACUGCACUCGGCAUUUGUUAUUCAAUCUUUUACUUGUUUUCCAUUUCUUAAUAAAGGAUUAUAUAGAAUGAA